AUGGGAAGCGGUAGAUACAAGAAUGUGGAUCCGAUCGCACGCUCAGGCGAAAUAACGCUUGGGAACGAUCGCACUGCACACACGGGCGAAAUAACACCGAUCAAGCGGUCAAGAACAGCAAAGCUUGUGCGCAACUUUCCACAGCUUGCGCAGCGCAUGCAAACACUCGAAGCGAACCCAAUGUACAACUUCGUCGACCCUUAUGGUCCCGGUACGUACGCAUUCGGAUACGAAGUGGAAGACCCCGACAGCGGUAACAUACAGUUCCGGGACGAGGAGAAGCUUCGAAACGGUACGGUACGUGGAUCGUACGGCUACCAGCAACCGGACGGCUCAGUGAUCAUCACAAGCUUUGUGGCCGAUGAUCGUGGCUAUCGAGCGAGAACCGAGAUCCGUCGUGCAGAUGGACACACCGUAGCCUCCUUCCCAACGAGGGCCCCUACGACGUACAAUCCGAUCCUGGAUCCUGGAGUUAUCGAUCCUCAGUACGCGGCUGCGAUCGUGGGUCAUCUGCAUAAUCAACAGUACAGUCCGGCCCAAGGUCUGAUAACGUAUCCUUACGGUCUACCAUCAUCACAGCACUCACCAGUACCAACCGGUCCUCAUGCACCUCCACCACCACCACCCCUCUUCGAUGCACCCACCGGUGGUGGUUUCGGCAACUUCUUUAACCAGCUACCGGCCAACCUUAACCCCUACAAUGUCUACCAAAACCUUCAGUCAACCUUCCCCCAGAUACUGCCUCAGCAGAAUCCAAUUGAUCAGUUCGGGAACUCGCUGGCCGGAGGCUUCCAACAGCUCACCCAACCGAACGCUCCCUUCGGUAACUUUCUGAACAGCGCCCAAAGCACCUUCCAGGGACUGUUACCAGGAAACGGGAACAGACCAUCCAAUUCCUGGUUCGAUCCUAACAACGUACCAAACACAUACGUUGCAAUCCCGCAGCAGUACGGUCAACAACAGCAGAUUUACGGUCAGCACCAGCUGCAGCAGCACGGACCGUACGGACAACAGCAGAUCCUCUCUUCGAACCGACCUACCAAUGUACUAGGUGAUAUGCCGAUCGGAGGUUCAAUGAUGAUGCACAUCCCGACCACUCGACGCCGUAAGCUGACGGGAACGACAAAGAAACGCAACAAGCUGAAGACGCGCGAUGGUAUGGAUUGGUUCGAUGAUUUCCUGGAGAAUCGCAAACGGCAGGUGAUAUACGGUGGCAGUGCGACUACCACCACACCACCGAUGAUGAUCGAUACCGAUGAUAGCUCGCUGACGGAACCACCGAUGCACAAGGACUACGAGAAGGAUGAACAGUGA